AUGCAUCGUACUAUCUGCCACUUUAGCUCUACAGAGUUUUAUGAUAGCAGAUUGGACACUGCAGUCGCGGACGACAGUCGACCACUUCCAGUGUCACAAUUUCCUUGGCCGAAAGACAAUCGGUUGGUGUGGAUUGAGAUUAGCAGCCCAGAAGACUUGGCUCAGCGAUCAAAAGCCAACCCCGGCCAGACCGAGGUUUGCAAGCGUGUCGUGCAACUCCUUACUAGUCCCAUCUCAGAUGCUAAUUCACAGCCCGCAGAAUUCCAGCAACGAUCAUUGGCUAUCUUGACUCCAUAUACUCGGCAGAAAGAAGCACUUAGCGGUGCUGUCACUACGGCCGAAGUAUCUUCUAUUGACGGUUUCCAAGGCCGAGAAGCAGAUGUUGUGAUCUUCGUUACUGUGCGGUGUAAUGUAUCACACAGCAUUGGUUUUCUUGCCGAUAUGCGCCGGCUGAACGUUGUUAUGACUAGAGCAAAGUGUGGCGUUAUAAUUAUUGGGAACAAGGAAACACUUACAGGAGAUAUAGGAGUGGGAGGCGACCUGGAAGAGAGUAAGAAAGUCUGGCAGCGGCUGGUGAACAGUUGCCAAAUGGUUCAGGUUUAG